AAGAGGCGCUAUAUUGCAUUGGCGAACGGUUUUGCUGGCCUGAGAGAAGAAUCAUGGCUGCCGUGGAAGAACAAAGCGCCGUUGUUGGUUCGGCCACAGAAUCUCGGCGUUCUUCAGGAUCUCAGCUGAGUCCAACAGAAAUUACAAGGUCUGUCAACCUUCAAAGAAAUGCUCAACGGAAAUCUCAAGUACGAAGUUUUCCACGAACGAAGAAGUUGGAAAAAUUAGGUGUUUACUCGUCGUGUAAGGCAGAUGAAGCAUGCAAGUGCAAUGGUUGGAAGAAUCCUAACCCACCUCCUACACCAACACAACCAGCUAGACUGGAUAUAACAACCCCAUUGGCUAGUAGAUCAGACCCAUGUAAGAGCUGUGGCCACCAACUUGCGGAACAUGUAUCCCAUCUAGAGGAUGUUGCUGAGGAGGAGAUUGACAGACUCCUGGGCAUCGUAGUGGAUGUCGAACACCUGUUCAUGUCUGUCCAUAAGGAAGAAGAUGCCGAUACAAAGCAGGUCUACUUUCAUUUGUUCAAGCUCCUGAGGAAAUGUAUUCUGCAGAUGAACUCACCAUCAGUAGAAGGUCCUUUAGGUCGACCUCCUUUUGAGAAACCAAGCAUUGCAAAGGGGGUAUCCAAUUUUGUCCACUACAAGUUUGGUCACCUGGUCCACAAGGAUUGGAUGACGAUGUAUGACCUUGCUAAGAUGUUCCUUCACUGUAUGAACCAUUGGAAACUUGAAACACCCACUGCUAGGAAGCAAAGAGCACAGCUAGAUGAAGCAGGUGCUUACAAGGUUACCUACACAAGGUGGCUGUGCUACUGUCAUGUGCCAUCAUUCUGUGAUAGCCUACAGCAUCAUGAACCAACAGAUAUCUUUGGUCGAACGCUUCUGAAGACUGUCUUCCCUGCGAUGAGGCGACAGGUCCUAGAUAUGUUGCGCUCUGAGAAGGACAAUAUGCCUGCAGAGAAACGUAACCUAGUCCUAACCCAUUUUCCAAGAUUCCUGUCAAUGUUAGAAGAAGAAGCAUAUGACAGUAAUUCACCUAUCUGGGACCCAGAGUUUACCCCUGUCCAAGGAGCUGUACCCUUGGCCUCACCGGAGGGCAACACUGAACUUGAAGAUUCUUCUGAUCCCUCUGCCCAAGCACUUGGUCGUAUCACUGUGACAACCACCACUACUGGUGCGCCCUCUAUGUCAGAUGGUCAUACGUCCUUUAACCUCAGUCCGGGGUUGGUUAACGUAAGGAGAGCGGCAAGAUUAAGUGCUCUCGCUGCUACUCAAGCGAAUGAUAAACGUAAACUAGAUGACAUGCCGACUGAGGAAGAAAUCAAGAGACAAAGACUAGAAGAGGAUAUUCCAGAUAAUAUUCUAAGUGAAGUGCUAUCAACGGUUACUGACCCUGCUGCCAUGGUAGGCCCAGAGGGUAACCUAUUUGCUGCCCAUUCUGCCCGUGAUGAAGCUGCCAGGAAUGAAGAGAGGAAAGGAGUAAUAGAAUUCCAUGUUAUUGGGAAUUCAGUCACACGCAAACCAUCAAGACAAACACUUAUUUGGUUGGUGGGUCUCCAGAAUGUCUUCUCACAUCAGCUGCCAAGGAUGCCAAAGGAAUACAUCACCCGUCUUGUGUUUGAUACGAAACACAAAACGCUAGCACUAGUGAAGGAGAACAGAGUGAUAGGUGGUGUUUGUUUCAGAAUGUUUCCAACUCAAGGAUUCACAGAAAUUGUCUUCUGUGCAGUCACUUCUAAUGAACAAGUCAAGGGCUAUGGCACACAUCUAAUGAAUCAUCUCAAAGAUUACCAUGUCAAACAUGGUGUUCUUCAUUUUCUCACAUUCGCUGAUGAAUUUGCAAUAGGAUACUUCAAAAAACAGGGUUUCUCAAAAGACAUCAAGAUACCCAAGUCUAGUUACGCUGGUUACAUCAAGGACUAUGAGGGCGCCACACUCAUGGGAUGUCAGCUCAACCCACGUAUACCACACACUGAGUUCUCUCUCAUUAUACACAGACAGAAGAAGAUUGUAAAGAAAUUAAUAGAAAUGAAACAGCAAGAAGAGAGGAAGGUGUAUCCUGGAUUGACAUGCUUCAAAGAAGGUGUUAGACAGAUACCUAUGGAGAGCAUUCCAGGAUUAGUCGAAGCUGGAUGGAGACCGGUCAGAGAGAAACCAAAGGUCACUCCACUGACUGAAGAACAGGUCCAGUCAGCAUUCAAGACAGUCUUGACCGCUGUUAAGAAUCACAACAGUGCAUGGCCUUUCUUGAAACCUGUUGAGAAGAAUGAAGCUCCUGAUUACUAUGAACAUAUCAAGUAUCCUAUGGAUUUGAAGACAAUGACUGAAAGGUUCAAAGGAAAGUACUACAGCUCACGGAAGCUGUUCAUCGCCGACAUGCAACGGAUCUUCAGCAACUGUAGAGCGUACAAUGCUGCCGAUACGGAAUACGUUCGCUGUGCAAAUACACUAGAACGUUUCUUUCUCAAUAAGAUCAAAGAACUUGGUAUCGUAGACAAAUGAAGCGAAUUACAUCUAGGAUGCAGAGGGGUGCAGUAUAUACCAGUUUCAGUUGAAAUGCUUAUUGACCUUGAAAGUGAUGACUGAUCCUGAAUAAAUCUGUACUGGGAACUGGAAAUACGUGUUUCCCUUCUAGAAGAACAGCCUGAUCAGUCUUCACGAUGAAUGACAGUACCAGCUACAUGUUGAUAACCUUUCCACAGGUGAUACAUGUCUUGGUACGCAUCUGGUCUCGACGUAAGCAAGCACUUAAUGGUUUGCUAUGAUACACAGGUGCAGUGAGGAUGUAUACCAACUAAGUGGUUUAAGUCAGAAACUUAAAUAUGUACAUGUACACAUGUAGUCCUGGCUUAGUUCAACAGGAGUCUCUGCCCCAUAUAUUUUUUUUCAUCUUGACACAAAGGAAUUUGGAGGCGGUAUGGGUUUCGAUUUAAAUUCUUAGUUUUAUGCCAGAGCUUCAAGAACGUCUGGGAACAAUGUUGGAUUUUUUUGUGCGCAUAUCUGCCAGAUAUUGUGUCCAAGGUAUUCUGAUAUUACAUCCGCUUUGGGGGGCUGCCUUUUAAAGUGCUCACAGCAGUGAAGGAAUUCCUUCCUCCUGGUACUAUUUCUUUGAAAGAAUGGAUGAAUUGUCAGAAGACUGAAAAGUGCUGUAGAAAAUAAAGAAUUAUGGUAAUAUCAAUGGACUUCCUCAAAUUCAAGAACAUCAUGGUUGCACCCUUUCAGAUAGACAAAUUGUGAGACACUUUAACAGAAAAAUGGGGGCCAUUCCUUCCAUCAGGAAUCCUGCCAACAUCUUUUUAAUGCUAAUCCUAAAUCCUUCCACUUCUGCAUACUUUAGACAACAUUGGCGAAAGCAGGAAAGCCAUUCUGACCAACUUUGGCAGAAGGAAGCAAGUGAUGCAUCAGUCAAACUUGAGUAUUGUUUCUGAAACACCCUUUGUAUCUUGCACGUUGAGGCAAAAUUUGGGGAAGUAAUGAUCGUUCUAUGGAAAGACAUUGAAGAAAAUCUGUUGUUAAAUUGCAUUGACACCUAUGUAAAUGACGAACACACGUUGCUCAUUUACAACAAAUGUUACUUGCUUCCUUUUGCCAAAGUACGGCAGCAUUGUCAAAGAUACUUCACAGGAUCUCUGCCCAAUACUUUAUGAGAGAUACUUAUAGGAUGCAGUCGAGGUUCUGAAGGUUGUUUACAAAGAGUUGACUUAAAAUCAUGCUUAAAUGCAGACACUUUAAGUUACAUGCAAUCUAAUUUAUUGUUACACAAUAGAGUGCAUCUUCUUUUAGCAUGAUUUAACUGAUGAUGUGCAGUAUUUUGUUGAUCAAACAAUUGGGAAUAUAAGUGGGAGUGGGUCAUAAAUGGGUGAUUUUGCUUAGGGAAUAGUUUUUAUGUGUUCAUUUUACCCUAUCGCAACAUGAAAUUACAAUACUUUUGGUCUUGGUCUGAGGGGAAAAAAUCCAAGAUGGCUGCCAUUCUCCGAGAAAAUAACAUUUUUACCAUUACUUUCUCAUAUGGGGGAAUAUUUUACAUGAUUUGGGUGACUUUACCUAUGUUUUCUUCUGUAUGCUAUUGCUAUCUAUGAUAUUUUUUCCUAAUAGCAUUUGAGUGAUUGCAGACACAGCACAUCCAUAGGGUGAGUAUGAAGCUAAUAUCAUCUGUUUGCAAAAAACAACAAAGAGUGUAAGUAGUUCUGUAAAAUGAAGGUCAAUUGUCACUACAUCAUCAAAGAUCUACAUCUAUUGUAUUUAUGUUUGUAAAACCAAGUUUGUGAUCUUGAAAAUUGUGUUGAAAAGAUCAUACCAAAGCUGGUCAGCGCAGAUACGCACAUAAGGCAAUGAGUGUUACCUAUCACUCAACAGGACUGCCAUGCUUAUCUUGCUCAUUUCUAAGCAAUUAUGCAUUCUGAAUCAGAAUAAUUUAGCCAACAUAUCAUGAUGGACCAACAAGGAUUUGAAUAUGUAAAAUUGAAGAAAAAAAAUAUUUGCACAGUGAUGUAUUUGAGAUUUGAAUAAAGAAUGUUUUGCUUGGAAUAAACAUUGCCAAAUUUAUUCAUUGUAUAAUUUCUAUAGUAUUUCUUAUAGUAUUUUGUUAAAGAUCUGUUUAAGCUAAAAAGUGCCUUAGUAGUAAAACAUAUGAUGCACAUUUUUUCCCAGUACAUUGAAGAAGACAUGAAUUGUUAGAGGAAUACCUGUGACCUGAAUACUUUUAAUUUGAUGCUUUGUGUCGUAUCGUUAAUGUACCACUUGGAGCUCCUUAAUUUAUCUGUAAAUUCUCUGUGAAUGAUGAAUUUUUCAGUAAGCAGAUCUUAUACAAUGAAAAGAGUGGUGCUAAAACUACACUGCUGGUGUUGUGAGUGGACUAUACAAAGCAUUUUACACCAGUGUUACAUUCAAUACACAAUAUGUAUUUAGUGUUAUGUUCAAAUGCCAGUGUACAGUAUUUUCAACACCUUGUGGUUUGGCCCUCUCAGAACAUCGAAUGGUCAGUGGUGGUGUUGUGUAUAACACUUUAGUUUUACAGUGUAGAUCAUCCUUUUAGUUUCUCCACACUUUGAUAGUCCUACAUUUACAACUCUAUAGCUAAACUAAGUCAUUAUAUCGCAGGCUCAUGUCACAUUGAAUGUUUGGAAAUUGUUAGAAUGUAUAUUGUAUACUAUGUAUAUAUUGUCAGAAACGCAUUUCACGCGAGUGUAAUGGGUUAGAAGGAGAUGAAAUAAAUUAUUGAUUUUGUAGAAAAUGA